GUUCGACGGAUCAUUUGCUGUUGUGCCCGGGACGGACAAAUGCUGAAUAAACCUGCGGUACAUCGUACCAGCGGUUCACAUAAAAACCGGGAAAGACUGGGCAAUUACUGAAAUCCAAGAUGGCGGCAAGAAACCUUACUAAGUCAGUAGGAGAGAAACUCUCGAAAUCUGAGAAAAAAGCGCUACGUAAACAAGCUAGGAAGGUGCAUUCGUUGAGCAAACACAAUAGCGAGUUAGCAGAUGUCUCUAUAGAACCCACACCGCAUAUCUUGGUUGGAAAUGGUGGAUUAAUGUGUGGAGUUGACCGUGAAUCGAUCACUCGCGUGUUUUCGCUUUAUGGAACUCUCGAAAGAGUUGUAAUGCUCCCUCAAAGGUCAUACUCGUUUGUUUCAUAUAAGAGCCAUAAUAAUGCUCUGAACGCCAUGAGGAAUUUAAAUGGAAAAGCGCUCGAUGAAUUCGGGCUUCGUUCAGUAUUCUACUUGUCAUAUCUUGUAAAAGUUCCAAGUGACGUCAUUUUGUCCAAAAUAGAGCACCCCCCUGGUCUUCAGAUUUAUGAAGAAUUCAUCAACGAGGAGGAAGAAAAGACGCUCCUAGAUGCACUGGGAUGGGAUGGUACAGAGGAUCAGAGUAGAUCCACCGAUGCUGCUCCCCAAAAAGAGCUACGCCACAGGCGAGUCAAACACUAUGGCUAUGAAUUUCUGUAUGGUACCAAUGAUAUUGACCGAGCUAAACCUCUCCCAGGAGGAAUGCCAGCAGUUUGUAAUGACAUUCUGACUCGAAUGGUGUCGCAGGGAGCUGUACAGAAUACUCCGGAUCAGCUAACAGUGAAUGAGUAUCUGCCUGGACAGGGAAUACCCCCACAUGUUGACACCCACUCUGCUUUUGAAGAUGGCAUUUGUUCUUUAAGCCUUGGAGCAAAGAUAAGUAUGGAUUUCCGACAUCCAGAUAGCCGCCAUGUCUCUGUGUUACUCCCUCGUCGAAGCUUGUUGGUUAUGAGUGGUGAGAGUAGAUAUCUUUGGACGCAUGGUAUAACCCCUAGGAAGUUUGACAUCAUUGGUUCCGGACUGGACACCUCCAUUCAUGAAGACCAAGAAUCAAUUGCUGCUGACGCAAGCAAUGUUUCAACAUCUGGAGUAACACAGUAUGAGCGGGAACGGCGCAUUUCGCUGACAUUUCGUAAGAUCCUCCAUGUACCCUGCACUUGCAAAUACAGCAGCAAGUGCAAUUCACAGGGCUACAAGAAAGCAGAGGACAAGAAUGCUGCAAGUUUACCUAGCACUCAAGGUGAAGCACAGUCACUUGAAAAACGGCAUGUACAUGAAGUUUACGAGAACAUUGCAGACCAUUUCAGCGACACUCGACACUCACCCUGGCCGAGGAUUGCUGCAUUCUUAAGGGAGUUACCCACUGGGAGUCUUGUAGCAGAUGUCGGGUGUGGUAAUGGGAAGUAUCUAGGGAUCAAUGGGAUGGUUUUCAAAACUGGAUCAGAUCGGAGCUUCAAUUUGGCAACAAUAGCAUAUGAGCGCGGACACUCUGUCAUUGUGUGUGACAUCUUGUCAUUGCCUUACAGAAACAAUGCUUUUGAUGUUUGUCUUUGCAUCGCUGUGAUCCAUCAUCUGUCCACGACCGAGCGACGUAUUGCUGCUCUUAGAGAACUAGUGCGGAUUAUUCGGCCGGCAGGUCUGGCACUAGUUUAUGUAUGGGCUUUGGAGCAAGAGCUAGAAAAAGUGAAAAAGUCAAGUUUGCGGGAGGUGAUGCAAGGGCGAAGCGACAACACGGCUGUACAAGACUUUUCAACAUCACAGGCUCAAAGUGAUCAGACCGAUGACCGUGAUUUUAUAAAACAGGUUAAUUUGAAAGGGGUAAAAGAAGAUGGAGAUAGAGUAAAGGAGGGAAACGCUACUCAGGGGGUUGCCGGACACGUAGAGGUCAAUGUUAGUAGGGGUGAGUUCAAGCAACAGGACUUGUUCGUGCCUUGGAAGUUCAGGGGGGCGUCAAAGAAAGAAUCGAACGGUGCCGAUACAGUGUUCCAUCGCUUUUAUCACGUGUUUAAGGAAGGCGAGUUGCUAGAGUUGUGUCGGUGUCUGGACAAUGUAGUAGUUAAAGAUUCGUACUAUGAUCGAGGAAAUUGGUGUGCUGUCAUUGAGAAGAUUUGCUAAUGUGCAAAUUUGCUAAUGACACAUUUGAAGAUACACGUACUGUAAACGUGGCAAUUUCAUAAUGUUUUUUGUUAAUAUAUAUCGUGAAAAUAAAAUCAAACCAAACAAUCAUUAA